GAUAGCCCCGGAGACGGGGACAGGUCUGUCUGUGAGCCCCGCGCCCGGCGCAUAGGUUCCCCUUGUCGCAGUGACGUUUCAGAGGAAUCCUCACCAAAAACAGAAGUACCUGGAGUCUGAACCCAAAGCAUUGGGGGUACAUCAUCCUGAGCAAAUACAUGAAGUCUAGUCUGGCUAUCCAAUAAGAUGUCACUAAUGGAUUAAAAUCUAUGAAAUGUCACUAAUGGAUUAUACAUUUUAAUCUAUAGUUCAUUUUCCUUCACCCCUCUCAUCUCCCCUCCUUAGAUCACUCAGAUUGCCCUCAGUGUGUUCCACAUCAGUUCUGUCAUUGUCAUUGACACAACGGGCAUGAGCAUGUGGGUUCAAGAUUUACCACAAAUCAUUGGAUCACUUUUUGUGAGUGCCCACUAUACAUGUGCCUCCAGUACUUACUUGAAUGAUGUUAAACGACAAGCAAAUGGAUGAGUUGAGUGUUGAGACUGUGACGAUGACCUGACUCUUUCUGUUGUACUCUCUACAGGUGAUCAUAGCUGGGAGUUUGGCCAUAGCUGCACAGAAUCUCCAUCUUCCCACUGUAAAUUAUGGGAUUUGAAGGUGGGCAAGUUAUUUGAGAAAAAAGUGAGAAAUAUCAGUGGCAUUUCCUUUCCUCCUCCUCUCCUUUCCUUUCCUCUCCUCUCCUCCCUCUGUCUCAGCUGAAGGCCUCUCUGGGGAUG